UUCGAUUGCGGUCAGAAAUGCGCCGUGGCAUUACUUUCCCGUGCUGGGCGGCAGUUUCGCCUUUACGACCUCGAGCGGAGCGGCGUACUUGUGCAGUGCGGCAGCCGCAGAGCAGGCGGAGAGCCAGCGUGCCUUAGCGACACCACGUCUGCGCUGUCGGCGAAUGGCGAACGGUUCGCGAGGAAGCGCAAAGUGCAUUUGAUGCCACUUCCUCCUUGUCAUCGGUGUUUCUUUCGCCCAAUGGCUUGCACGCAUUGUCACGCAAUGCUUGGGAGACGGCUGUGACUAAAAGUUUUUGAGCAACCCGCGGAGGAAUAGAUGUACUGCUUACGAUAACUCCGACAUGAGGUGCCACCCGUACGGUCUGUUUCUCCUUGUGCUCUUCUCACUUCGUGGAUCCUGUCUCGCGGUGAUCAUCCGACGGCUGAGUGUACCUCGCUGGGUGCGUAACGGCACCGAGACACCCGCGGUGCUGGACUGCGAGUACGUGUACAACGAAAAUGACCUCAAGCUGGUGGUCAAGUGGUUCUUCAACGACGGGCCCGAGCCAGUGUAUCAGUGGAUACCGGAGAUGAGGGUCCGCGAGGCGUUCGGAGUGCUUCAGGGACGCCUGGACGACACGUUUUCAGUGAACUCACGCGAUGUCUACUCGCAGUACCGUGCCAUCCGCAUUCUGAGGCCCACCUGGGAGCUCAGCGGCAAGUACACGUGCGUCGUCGCGUCGCUCGCGGGCCAAGACGCGCGGCACCAAGACAUGACAGUCUUCGUUCCGGCGAAAUCGUUUUCUUUCAACUACAGCAAUUCACUGCAGCUUGCAGACCAAAAUCCGCGACUGCGAUCUCAAGAACCUUCCGUGCGUUUGUUGUGCACGGCUCGGGGAAUGUACCCCAAGCCGGAGCUGAAGCUGUUCCUCAUAAAAGGCGGCCGGCGGAGACCCGUGGGAGAAGCCGGUGUGCGAACCUUUACUAGAGCCACGGCGGAAGGGCUCUUCGAAGUGGUUCUACACGCCGACAUGGCAGAGAGCCAGCUGUCAUCCCUGGCCGACCUGUUCGAGUGUGUGCUGGAGUUUCCAUACAGCAACUACGCACAGACGCAGAGGUUAAGCCUUGCGCAAGAACUGACCUGGGGAGCUUACGGUUUUUCUAGAGCAUCUACGAUGUCCAUCCUGUCGCUAUUUUGCAUCACCAUGAGCUUAAGCAUCUAUAGUAUCUGGAUUCCGGAUUAGGCAGCAAUACUAUCACGGACCUGUCAUUUUCCGGAGACGUGACACGAGACGGAGCAAAGCACACGAGGGCAUCUCUGAUAAUACAAGGAUCGGCGGGCUUCGUAGUUGACAAUACUGUUAGUAGCAAGGUGUGGUUGUGGGUAAUGCGUUGUGAAAUGAGCGGAAUGAACUGCGAAAAAUGACACGCAAUCGUUUUGUCUAAAACAGAAAACUCGAUCGUUAACUAGCUGAGUGCCAACGCUGCAUGUCACUUGCCGUGCUACUUUCCUCAGUCGGCAUCAUCAUCCAUGAGAGGUCGCUUCCACGCGUAUUUUGUCACUUUUACAUAAAGGAAAUAAGGUAUACGCAGUGAACCUGCAGGGCUCCAUCAAAUGUUCAUAUUUGAACUUCGGAGACAAUACCGACAUAUUUCGUUCACCUUUUUGAGUAUCCUAACUCAUUCCGCAUUGCAAUAUCCUGCGCCCUGUAUACCAUUUGACUGUCUCGCACAAUAAAUCAAAAGGAAGCAACCCGUAGAAAGACUCUUACUUCGGUGCCUAUGCUUCACUUUUUUUUUCAUAUGUAAUAUUAAAUUCUAAUAUUUGAACAAUGUAUGCGGCCUUUAGCAAGAGGAACCUACCAGACAACAAAAUGAUUACGCAGAUCUUCUGUUCGGCCAUUUACUAAUUAUUUGUGUAUAAAAAACCGAGAAAUCAAUGUUAAUACUGCUUGGCCCUGUGAAAAUUGUAUCAUCGCAUAAUUGUGCACUUCAAGACCUGAACACCACGUUCAUUGCA